UCCUCCCUCCCUUUUUCUCAAAGAUAUUUUCUCUCUACAGACACAAUUACACAAACAUCCCUUUAUAGCUUCAAUUCUCCUCAAAUCCUUAAAGACAAGAACAGAACCAACAGAACUACCCCCUUGUGGGACCUGAGUUCUUGAUCUUGUGCAUUCUUGUUCCUCUGCCAUGCUCAUUCUUUGACGACUGUGAGUUUUUAGGUUAGCUGUUUUGUGUAAAUUAAAUUGUAGUAAAGAGAUAUGGAUAGAGAAGGAGGAUCCAAAGGCGGAUCUUGCUACUACACGAUUCUUGGUAUUCGUAGGGAUGCCUCCUUCUCUGAUAUCCGUUCUGCUUACAGAAAACUUGCCAUGAAAUGGCAUCCUGAUAAGUGGGCUCAAAAUCAAAGUCCUGGGGUCGGCGGAGAAGCCAAACGGCGGUUCCAGCGGGUUCAAGAGGCUUAUUCCGUUUUAUCUGAUCAAUUUAAGAGGUCAAUGUACGAUGCUGGGCUUUACGAUCCUCUGGAGGAAGAAGACGAGGAGUUUUGUGAUUUCAUGCAAGAGAUGAUCUCUAUGAUGAACAGUGUGAAAGAUGAGGGAGAUAGUUUUGAAGAUCUGCAGAAGAUGUUUAUGGAAAUGGUGGGUGGGAAUGGCAUGGACUUUAACCUCAAUGAUGACCAGACGAGUAUGAAGAGGGCACGUGUCAAUGCAUUGAAAGGUAAUGCAGCGAAGCGCAGCAGCUCUCGCUGUUGAUGCAUGAGUUACAGUGGAUCAUCCAACCAAGUGCAUGAAUUAUGGUGGAAAUUUGGUGUUUAUGGGGGGAUUAGUUUAGGUAACAAUUUAGUUUGUUCUUAACUUGGAAGGCUUGUGAUUAUACUCAGAUAGAAUAAAAUUUCCCUUUACUUGUUUGUCAUCAACUUAUAUCAUACACUAUGUUUUUCCUCUGUUCAUUGAACAUUGAGUGAAGAAGAGCUAUGAAUGGUAACAUUUGUCUUUGCCAAACAUGAGACAACAUGGGCAUCCAAAGCCAUUUCUUAAGGUCCUUCAACUAGGAGAUGAGGCAUGGGCCAGCAUGGGAGAACAAAUUUGACAUUUGUUACGCAUAUCACUUGUACUAUAUAGUUUUGUAAAACAUUAUCUUAGACAUGUUUCAUGCAUUAGUGUGAUUCGGGCCA